UUAAUUAAUGCCCUUGGGGGUGGGAACGAACGGGGAACGGGAUUCGUUCGUUGGGGUUGGGUGCGGAGAAAGAGAUCCGGGCGGGGUCGUCGGGUAACGCCAUCGACAGCGAUCGCGAAGACGGUGAAGAUUGGUUGGGAGGUUGAAGGGGGAGGGCCGGCUUGAAAAAUGUUUGCUGCCAACUGCCAUGGAUGCUUGCUUAGUCGUCUCCCUGUCCGUGACGUCGUUGCUCUCUCCUGCGGCGCGCUUGCCUCGUUCAGAUUUGAGCAGGGGCGGCGUCACCAAGUAGCAGAAGCAUCGCCAUGCACUGCUUCCGGUUCCCGAGCUGGGAGCGGGGGGAGCGGGAGGGCGACGAGCGGCGGGGGCCGGCGGCGGCGACGACGGGGCGGUCGCUGUCGGCGCGGUCCAACAGCAGCACGACGUCGACGGACCCCGACGUGCGGCGGUCGGCGUCCGAGUGCUGCUCCCUGAACGCGUCGGAGCUGAGCAGCGCCGGCUCCCUGGGGCGGUGCCGGCAGCUGUCGCUGUCGCAGCGGCCGCCCAACGCGCUCCGCGUCUUCACCUUCCAGGAGCUCAGGUCCGCCACCCGCGGGUUCAGCCGCUCGCUCAUGCUCGGCGAGGGCGGCUUCGGCUGCGUCUACCGGGGCACCAUCCGGAGCGCGCUCGAGCCGCGCCGGAGCCUCGACGUCGCCAUCAAGCAGCUCGGCCGCAAGGGCCUGCAGGGGCACAAGGAGUGGAUGACGGAGGUGAACGUGCUCGGGGUCGUCGACCACGCCAACCUCGUCAAGCUCAUCGGCUACUGCGCCGAGGACGAAGAGCGCGGGAUGCAGCUGCUGCUCGUCUACGAGUUCAUGCCCAACGGGAGCCUGGCCGACCAUCUGUCCGCGAGGUCGCCGCGGCCGGCCUCUUGGGCGAUGAGGCUCAGGGUGGCGCUGGACACCGCUCGAGGGUUGAAGUAUCUCCAUGAAGAAUCCGAAUUCAAGAUAAUAUUUAGGGAUCUGAAGCCAUCGAACAUUCUUCUCGAUGAGAACUGGAACGCGAAACUGUCAGACUUCGGCUUGGCGAGAUUAGGACCUCAAGAAGGAAGCCAUGUCUCCACAGCGGUGGUGGGGACAAUUGGAUAUGCAGCUCCUGAAUACAUCCACACAGGACGCCUCAGCACCAAGAAUGACAUAUGGAGCUUCGGUGUGGUGCUUUACGAGCUCCUCACAGGCCGGCGACCUCUCGACCGAAAUAGGCCGAGAGGCGAGCAGAAUCUCGUGGACUGGGUGAAGCCCUACUCUUCUGACGCUAAGAAGCUUGAGACUGUGAUCGAUCCGAGGCUUCAAGGGAACUAUAGCAUAAAAUCAGCAGCCCAGCUUGCGUCAGUGGCAAACAAGUGCCUGGUGCGCCAUGCUAGGUACCGCCCCAAGAUGAGCGAGGUGCUCGAGAUGGUCCAAAAGAUUGUCGAGAGCAGCGAACUUGGAACACCGGAGCCUCCCCUGAUCAGCAACUCAAAAGAAUUAGUGAGUGAUGAAAAGAAAAGGAAAGGCCUUGAUUUGAAGAGAAGAAUCGCAGAUAUUAGAGCUGGGGAGGGGAGAUGGUUUGCAUGGCAAAGAUGGACACCCAAGCUUGUGAGAACACAAUGAUUCACAGCAACAGCAGAUGAGGUGUUUCUUGCAUGGCUUGACGCAUAGUUAGUAGUGAAAACAGCAAGUGACUGAAAUAUCACCUGGAGUUUUCAUUUAGCAUACAAGUCGGAGAGCAUCACAAUUGUAAACAAACGAUUUGAUCCAGCCCAUGGUGGCACCACAAAAUAAGGGAUAAGUUCACACUUUCUGGAAUCACACACAGGCAGUCUUCUCCACCUGCUUUGGAGGUUCCAUGUUUUUUUAUUAGAGCUUAACUAAAGUUCUAGUAGUAAUUUUUCCAAGCAGAUUUUAUUGUACAGUUUAACUUGGUUUUAUGGAGUGAUUUUUGAGUUUUACUAAAGUGUAUGUAGCUCAUUGCUUCC